CUCUCAGAGUGCCCUCACGAGUGUUAUCCUUCAUCAGCUCUGCUGAAUAGACCAGUAAACACCGAUCUGCUAUCUAAACCGCUGGGGUUUGGAUGUUCACUCGUAUUGAAACGGGCAGGUGGGAGUUGGAAGUUAGAGCGAGUGCAGAGGAGCGUCAGUACGGAGAACAGCCAACCUAAAUUAAGGUUACAAUUAUCCUACUAGACCCCGGAGGGAUGUGUCGUAGACAGGAGGAAUUAAUGAAGAAACAAAGCGAUUAAAACAUUCGGGUCUUGUCUCAAGACAGGCUCGUCGUCUUUCUCAGCACGAUGUUAGAGGACAUUGUGCAGAAGUGAGGAACUGCGAACCGAGAUGGACAAAGACUUGGAGAGCUUUGAAAUCGCUGCCAUGCAGAUAAUGUGAGGGGAGCGGGCUUUUGGAAGUGUGACGGAACGUCUAAAUGUGACUAAAUGCAUCUCCAACGAACACUGAGCCCAACAUAGAUACCAUCCUGAAAAUAUCUGGUUAUGAGAACUGGCACUACAAAAGUCCCUUGGAAGGAGGUAAGAUGUUCAUGGAUCUGUGUGGCCAGCGGGGCGCAUGGACAGUCCUGCUGUUGUGGUGCCUAAACCUAUCAGCUGCUGACCUCACCUGCCCGCAGAAAUGCACUUGUUACCGUGACACGUUGGAGGUCAACUGCUCCUCAAGACACCUGACGGGUGUGCCUGAGGUGUUACUCAGCAAUGCCAAACGCUUAGACCUUUCAAGAAACCAACUGAAAACGCUGGCUAGGCGUCAGUUCUCCGGCCUGUCAAAGCUUGAGGACCUAGACCUGAGUGAGAACAUCAUCUCCAUGAUUGAGGUGGAAACAUUUCAGGGGCUGAAGAACCUGCGAUACUUGAGGAUAAAGAACAACCGCCUGAAGAUCCUCCCGGUCGGGGUCUUCUCCGGCCUCACCAACCUUCAACGUCUGGACAUCAGUGAGAAUGAGAUCCUGGUUUUCCUGGAUUACACAUUCCAGGACAUGACUAACUUACAGCAGCUCGAUGCAGGAGAAAACGACCUGGUGUUUAUCUCGCAACGGGCUUUUGUUGGGCUGCAGGCGCUGAAGGAGCUGAACGUGGACCGCAGCAAUCUGACCUCCAUCCCCACUGAGGCUCUGUCGCAACUUCAGAGCUUGACCAAGCUGCGCCUGCGCAAGCUGACCAUAAGCGUGUUGCCCAACAAUGCCUUUCGCCAACUGCACCAGCUGCGCACAUUGCAGAUCCUCCACUGGCCUUCUCUCGAGACGUUAAAUAGCAACAGCCUGGUUGGUCUCAACCUUACCACUUUAGUUUUAAGCAACUGUAACCUUAGCUCUGUACCUUACGCUCCACUGCGCCAUCUCGCUUACCUGCGGUACCUCGACCUGUCCUACAACCCCAUCACCUCCAUACAAGGCAACUUGCUGGGGGAGCUUCUGCGGCUGCAAGAGUUGCACCUGGUAGGUGGGAGCCUGUUACGUAUUGAGCCAGCUGCCUUCAGGGGUCUGGUCCACUUUCGUCUGCUCAAUGUGUCCUCGAAUCGCCUGACGACAUUGGAAGAAAGUGUCUUCCACUCGGUAGGGAACUUGCAGACACUGCGGCUGGACAGAAACCCGUUGGCUUGUGACUGCAGGCUACUCUGGGUUGUGCGACGACGUCGGAGACUGGAUUUCGAUGGCCGCCAACCCACCUGUUCGGCUCAGAAUCAGCACAAGAAGGCAUUUCGUGACUUUUCGGAGGCUGAUCUUCCGGUUAUAUUUACGUGCAGACGGGCGCAGAUUGUGAACCGCCAGCUGCAGGAUGCGAGUGUGGUGGAAGGCAUGAGCAUACGGUUUGACUGCAGAGCCGAGGGCUAUCCGUCGCCUUCUAUUGCCUGGCUGUCAGCCCAGCAGACUGCACUUAGCUCUGUCGGGAGAGUACGAGUGCUUGCUAAUGGGAGUUUAGAAGUGCGUUAUGCCCAAGUACAAGACAGUGGAACGUAUCUGUGCACUGCAGCUAAUGCAGCGGGGAACGACAGCAUCUCCAUGAGUCUGCAAGUGGAGGGGCUCCCACAAAACCGCACCGCAUCGUAUUUCUCAGACGAGGGAUGGAUGGAAACUUCAUUGCCUCCUUCUACCAACUCCUCCACACGGGUGUCAAGUCCUUACCCGUUUGAUGCUAAAACCCUCAUCAUUGCUACCACCAUGGGAUUUCUCUCUUUCCUCAGCUCUGUGGCGAUCUGUUUCGUGUUUAUGUUCUUCUGGAGUCAGAGCAAAGGACAGAUAAAACACACUGCCACUAUAGACUUCGUGCCACGAUCAUCCAUGGGUGGAGGUGGAGAUGGUGGGGACACUGGGAGAUUCACAAUGAAGCUUAUUUGAGCUGGAAUAGAGAAUAAUUGGUCAUGGUUACAAUUAGUUGAGCCUUUAAAACUGUAGUAACUCUUAAAGUUGCAACUUGCCAUCACAGCAAGGUACAAAGCCUUAUGAUAACAUAUUUUGCAAGCCUGAUUGACUAUGUAAAUAGGUAUAACAACUUAUCUUUAUAAUAAUUUCAUUCAUAUUGUGCAAGUCUGAUUGACAUUAAUGUAAGUAGGUUUAAAGCUCCAGUCCGUAAUUUUUUGGGUUAAAAAUUAUCCAAAAUAAAUUUUUGAGCAAGUACAUAACCAGCCAGUGUUCAAAACUAUCUGCUUGCCUUUGCUCGAUUCAAAACGGUAAGCUUGUAAUAAUGUUUUUAAUUCCAGUGGUACUGGUGGAUUUCCGCGGGAGAUUCGAGCAUGUCUUUGCGUCAUUACGUCACAUCUGUACACAUAAAGAAGGAGUCUCGGCUAGUAGGCUAUAUUGCGUGUGAGGAUGUUGGAGGUGGAGAUUUAUAGCCUUUUCUCACUGCACUUGGUAUAAUUAAACGUAUUAAUUUGAUGGCGGAUCCAGAAAGAUUCAAACGACAAUCACCAGUGACAACUAGAGAUUCACCCGUUGUAAAAUGCAAAAGACUUCGGAGUGGCUACAGAAAAAAAGAGACUGCAACCGCCCCCAUGCGAAAACAAGGAUACAUAUCGGAAGGGCUUUAAAUGUAGUCACGCAAUGCUGACGUUGUUAACAUUAACAAUUUGAGAACAAAGUAUAAUUUGCACGGUUUGACGUGAUAUGAUAAGCGAUCGUUAGAUUUAAUCAGCGCAAAUUACUGCAAAGCUUUUUUCCCCUUAGUUGGUCAGAACAAAAGUGGAUGUUUCUUACUUGUUCAGAUGACAUUUUCCGAUGAAAAUUCUUAUGUUGGUCAUACUUCCAAAAAGUAGAAUCUGUGAUUCUGAAUGCCAGUAUCCAAAUCGGCGCGGGGACUGACAGCUGCACAUUCUCCUCAAAACAUUGGAUUCAUCCGCGCUGUGCCAUGCCGAGGCACAACCCACGUAAAGUUGAUAAUUCCGCUAAUAACUGCAAUUGCAGAUUUCGAACUGAGAUGGCGACAAAGAGGAAAAACUACGGACUGCAGCUUUAACUUCUCUUUAUAAUAGUAUUUUAGCUGAGAAGUUAGAUUAUAUCAAAUUUAAUAUAAGUAAGGUAGUAUAGUGGCUUGAGCAAUUCCAAAGUCUGAAGAUAAACAACAAACACAUUUUCUUACUGUUCGAUAGUAAUAAUUCAUUU